ACGGAAUCUUUCCUCUUCGCUCUACGAUCUAAACAACGUGACCGUGGAAGGAGGCGUUGACAACAUCUUCUGGCGACUCCGUCCAUCCAUCGCUUCGCCGCCGACGCUCUGGCAGGAUUACGUCUAUGAUAUGAGCUCGGUUAUGUUCUCCCCCAAUAUGCUGGUCAACAAUGAUGCUGUACACGCAGGCACGGAGCACGAGAUGGUUGUCGGAAAGUUGGCUAAGGUAAGCGAUAAUGUUCACCAUUACUACCUCCGUCAAGUGUUGCAGAGCUGGUUAAUAGGUCAAUGGCAGUGGAACUUCAUGUUCUACGGCAUGGCCCCAAUGACUCUUCUCAUAGACGAGAAUGGCGUGUCCGUCGCUACGACUCUUGGACCGCGGCAGGCCGCGUGUUUGCGACAACAGAGUUCUUCAAUAUCAACGUCACGAAGAUUGAUGCGGCUGUGUUUGCGUUUCCUACCGCAGCUUGAGCAUGAGUGUAGAUGAUACUGUUAUUUGAAUGUCAGGCUCG